UCCCGGGGCUGAAGGACGUUCCCGGGGAAGCCGCUGUCGGCGCGUGGGGUCCCGGUGGCAGUGGAGGACGCGGCGGAUCUCCGGAGUCCCGCGGCCUGCCGCUGCCCGGCGAUAGCGGAGCCCGGGGCUUCCGGGCUGAGGUCGGCCGGGCGCCGCGCUCGGAGCCGGCCGGCCCGGGAGUCCGGGCGGCGCUGCCGGCCGUGGGGGAGGGGUACGUCCCUCCAGGCCCCGCCCCUUCCCUCCUCCCCCCGGCCCCGGCGCCCCGUCCCCCCCGGGCGCCCGCGCCGCCGCGGCUCCUCGCGCGGGUGCCCGGUUCGCCAGUGCUCGCCGGUGCCCGCCUUCUGCUGCUCGCCUCCGGUGUGCUCCGUUGUCCCCCUUUCUAGCGGCUUAAAAUACUGAAACUUUAUUUUGGUCACGUUGACCAUGUGACCCACAGAGACGAUGACUCAUAAGUGCCUGUCCCAGGAUGAGGCCGCCGAAGGAAAUCUUGGAGGAGCGCGGAACCGCGGCGCUCCCGCCCGGAGGGCGAGGCAGGCCAAGUUUCCUUCCCUCCCGGGCGCACGGUCGUGGCUCUUCCCGGUGAAUCGUCCAGCGCCCGCCGCACUCGCGCUAUGCGCGGGGUGGGAGGCCAUCCUGGAAGCAGGUCAGGAGUCUCCCGCGACGGACGGACGCACCGCCGCGGCCGCUCUGGAAGUCCGAGUCCACCGGGAGGACCGGCGCUCACUGCACGGAGCAGCCCGGAGCCACGCGAGGUGGCCCGGAGGAUGAUGCCCCCUGCCCGUGAAAGUCAGCACUGGUGCACGUGGGCAGGUGAUACCGGAAACAAAGGAGAGGGCAGAAACCUCCAACUUGGGGGGGUGGGGGGGGGAAGGAAAGUUGAAGGAGAAGCAGAACUCCAACCCCUCUAUGUGCAUCUUGUAUGGUUUGCAGUGGAACAUUUCAUUACUCAGAUGUUAUCUUUUUUCCCUUGCUACCGUUCAAGACAACUAGCAGAAUCAGCGAAAGGUCCCCGUUCGAGAAUUUUGGCGUUAAGAUUUGAAUGUCAAAGUGAAUUCUGUGCCAAUCCUAACAACAUGCGUUCUUUUUCUAGUGUUCACAAGUAAAAGAUCUCUAAAGUUUUCCAGAAAUAAAGAUGUCCCAAAAGAAUGUUUUGUAUUAGACACUCGUUCUUCAACAAACUUUGAUUUUAUGAGCCUCAAGAAAUGCAAAAUUUUGACAACUAGGGUACAAUAUUUUAUCGAUCGGCAUUCUUAAUGGUACCUAUGCUGACAAUUUGAGUAGUGAAACAUUCCUGAAAGUGCUGGUGGCAUUGAAAAUUAGUGUAACCCUUUUGAAAAGCAAUUUUUCAUUACGUAUUAAAAGCCAUAAAAAAUGUCUGCAUCUUUUGACCCAGUAAUCUUACUUCUGGGAAUCUAUUCUAAGGAAAUCACACUAAAUGCCAAAAAAGCUGUAUGUGUGACAGUAUUCUUCACAGGAUCACUGUAUUUAUUAUAACAAUUUGGAAGCAUCCUAAACAUGCUAAUAAUUGGAUAUUUAAUAAGUACAUUGUGUUAGAGCCACGGGAUGGAACACUAUGGUAGUCACAGACAUCAGAAAGAAAAACCCAUUGCUAGGUGAGGGGAAAAAUUAUUCAAAAUCAUGGUGUUCAUUUAUUAUAUAUGAUGUAAUUCUAGUUCUAAAAAACUGCAUUUUGUAAAAAGACCAAUAAAAAAUACACCCAAGAAAUAACUUUUGGGUGAUAGGGAGU